UUCCUGACAGAGAUCACGACUUUAACGUUUUAUUCUUUACUUUCACUUUAGACACAAACACGAUGGCGUCAGUCUGAUUAUAGCUUAUUGAUCAGCGAUGGGAUGGAGCGACUCACUUAUUAUACAGAAAUCAUAUGUGGAAAUAUAUCAGUAAGAAACAUGGAGGAGAAGAAGAGACAGUAUGGAACAUCCUCCAGUGAUGAGGAUGGUUCUUGUUGGGAAAACUGGAUCAGGAAAGAGCUCCAGUGGAAACACCAUACUGGGAAGAGACGCCUUCAGUGCAGCAGUCAGUCAUUCCUCAGUCACCACACAGUGCUGGAAACAGACAGGUGAGGUGUUCGACAGGCAGCUGACCGUCGUCGACACUCCUGGACUCUUUGACACCUCCUUACCCGAGCCCACGGUGAAGAGGGAGAUCUCAAAGUGCAUCAACAUGUCGGCCCCGGGGCCCCACGCCAUCCUGCUCGUCAUCAAGGUGGGGAGCUUCACCGAAGAGGAACGAGACGCCGUCAGACAGGUGGAGGAGAUCUUUGGGCCGGAUGCCUGGAACUACACCAUCAUCCUCUUCACCCACGGAGACAGAGUCCAGUCAGAAUCCAGAUUGCUGGAGGAGAUGGGACCUGAGCUGCAGCAGAUCCUGGAGAAGGUGGGAAACAGGUAUCAGGUCUUCAACAACGCCAAAGCCAACGAUCGUGGACAGGUCCUGGAUCUGCUGGAGAAGGUGGAGGAGAUGGUUGACGCCAACGGAGGACGGUUUUACUCCAACUUGACCUACGAGGGGGUGGUGAUGAUGCUGCAGCGGAGAGAGGAAGAGCUCAGAGAGUUCUACGAGAAGAAACUGGAGGAAGAAAUCAAAUCUGUGGAGUCAGCGUAUGAGAUGAAGCUGAGUGAAGCUCACCAGGAGCGUCAAAAGGUGGAGGAGCGACUCCAGCGUGAGCUGCAGGAGGUGAAGCGUUACUAUCGUGCUUUAGAGAGCGGAGUCCGUCAUGUGGUAGAGCAGACGGUGCCGACCGACUCCAUGGAAAACAUCCUCAAGUUCCAUGAGGCCCUGAAGCUGAAGUUCACCUCUUAAACUCUGCUUCUUUAAAUCAAACUCUCUGCUGACAGAAACGUGCAGCGCUCUGAAUGAACACAAGAGUUCAUGUAAGGAGACGACGUCAUGUAAAAUAUAAAGCACUGGACAUCAUGACAUAUUUAGUACAUCCUGUUAAACGUCACAAUGUUUUCUUUUUCAAAGUCUGGUUUUAUGAGAAACAAUUUAAGAAUGAAAUGUGAAGAAGUUAUUAGAAGAUGAUGAUGAUGUCAUAGUUAACAGAAAUAUUUUUAUGGAGAUUAGAGGAUUCUUUUGUAACCCAAACAGUAUGAUUACUAAUCAAACGUGAAUAAUUCAUGUCAUAAUAGCCAGCUAAUAAACACGUU